CUCCUCCUCUCCCUCUCCCUUUCUCAUUUUUUUCUCCCACUUUUUCACUCUCUCAAUCUCUCCAUAUUCACAUCCACACAGUUCUGUGAGCCCGUGAGGAGACUGCAAAGCCAAUGGGACGAGGGUCCGGUAAUAGACGCAAAUUAUCAUGAAAAGACACUGCAAAAUAUGAUACAACUCAUUUGAGGCGGAGUAAAUCACAGAAACCAGCUUAUGAAGUGGCACCCCUUCUCGGAAAUGUGAUGCGGGAUCUUGUAAGUGCUGAAGAUUUUAUGGAAACCAACAUGACAGAGGCAUGAAAACUAAAAAAACGCUUUUUUAAGUUAAAAAAAUAUUGCCAAUCACAGACUGUUGGUAACACCAAAUAAUAAUAAUAAUAUUAAUAAUAAUAAUAAUAAUAAUAAUAAUAAUAAUAACAUUCCUUCUUAUAUUAUUAGGAACUGUUUUAUGUUGUUUGUAUAUAUAUAUAUAUAUACAAACAACAUAAAAAUACAAAGAUGAGUUCCUAUUUUGUCAACUCUCUCUUCUCCAAAUAUAAAAGCGGAGAUUCAUUGCGUCCUAAUUAUUACGAGUGUGGGUUCGCUCAGGACCUCGGCGCAAGACCCACUGUAGUCUAUGGACCCAGUACCGGGACCGGUUUCCAGCACUCUACUCAGCUCCAGGAUUUUUACCACCACGGCACAUCCUCUCUCUCCGCUACCCCUUACCAACAGAAUUCCUGCGCCGUGGCCUGUCACGGGGAGCCGGGCAAUUUCUAUGGAUACGACGCCCUGCAGAGACAGGCACUCUUCGGAACCCAGGAUUCUGAUUUGAUCCAAUACAGCGACUGCAAACUCGCCUCCAGCAUCGGAGAAGACGCGGAAGUCACCGAGCAGAGCCCCUCUCCCACGCAGCUCUUUCCGUGGAUGAGACCGCAAGCAGCUGCCGGACGGAGGCGAGGCAGGCAAACAUACAGCCGCUACCAAACGCUGGAACUGGAGAAAGAAUUUUUGUUCAACCCGUAUCUGACGCGCAAGCGGCGGAUUGAGGUAUCGCACGCCCUGGGACUCACUGAAAGGCAGGUCAAAAUCUGGUUCCAGAACAGGAGAAUGAAAUGGAAGAAGGAGAACAACAAAGACAAAUUUCCCAGUUGCAAAUCCGAGCAAGAGGAGAUCGAGAAAGAGAAACAAGGAAGGGACAAGGGCGAAGGCGAGGAGGCGGAAUCGGAGCCCCGCACCGAGGACAAAGCGAAACAAGGAUAAGAUAGAAACAAAUAAUAUACGGCCAGCAAGCAAACAUUAUACCGAACUAUACUGAAACAUUACAACCCUUAAUACUUUGUUCCUUGUGUAAAUGAUGGAGAAAAAAAUGGGAAAAAAAGAAUUAUUGAAUUAAAACAAGACACCGCUUUUAGAGAUUGUCGUGUGAUCUAAAAAGAAACGGAAAAAAACAGAACUCUGUGAGACAUUCUACCAGAUGUUGAAAUAUGUUGUAUUGUAAACAGUAGCUCUCUCCGUUAUUCAUGUGCAACUUUUUUUUGUACGAUUAAUAGAAUGUUUGUUAUUAGCAAUUGCAUCCGGCAGCUGUAGGUUUGUUUAUUAAGUUAAACGGUGCACUUUUUUUUCUUUUAAAAUAAAAACAGUUUUUUUUUCAUGAAUGUUAUUGUAAUAAUAACGUAUAGCAAAUAAUGGAAUUAAUCCCAACAACAUGAAACUGCCUAAUUAUGGUGUAUAUGUUAUCACUGUUUAAUUGUUUUAUUUUACUGUGUCAUGAUUAUUAUAAAAAAAAUUUUUUUGGUCUGUUUUAAUUAAUGAUGUUUUGUGUUGUUUUUUUUGGUUUGGUUUCCAGUAAGCAUGCGCACAGUGCAAACUAAUGAAGACGAUGUAAAGUGAUCCUCCGUUUACUGUGAAACAAAAUGUAUACUGUACUCGUGAAUUACUUUCUAGGCACUUAGUGAAAUAUUUUGUUGUUCUUCGCUACUUUGUUCAAUUGUCUAAACCUGGAAGCGGCGGAAGAAAGAGAUACAAUAAAGUUUACAAGCAAGAA